AUGGCGCGCCUGGAGCUCGCUGUCUUAGGCCUCACCUGCUGCCUGGCGGUGGUGAGCGCGGCCAAGCUGGGCGCGGUGUACACGGAGGGCGGCUUCGUGGAGGGCGUCAACAAGAAGCUGGGCCUCUUCGGCGACUAUGUGGACGUCUUCAAGGGCAUCCCCUUCGCCGCCCCCCCCAAGGCCCUGGAGAACCCCCAGCGACACCCCGGCUGGCAAGGGACCCUGAAGGCCAAGAACUUCAAGAAGCGCUGCCUGCAAGCCACCAUCAGCCAGGACGACACCUACGGGUCGGAGGACUGCCUCUACCUCAACAUCUGGGUCCCCCAGGGCAAGAAGGAAGUUUCCCGGAACCUGCCUGUCAUGAUCUGGAUCUAUGGAGGAGCCUUCCUCAUGGGGUCCGGCCAAGGGGCCAACUUCCUCAAAAACUACCUGUACGACGGGGAAGAGAUCGCCACACGGGGCAACGUCAUCGUGGUCACCUUCAACUACCGCGUGGGGCCUCUGGGCUUCCUCAGCACUGGGGACCCCAACCUGCCAGGUAACUACGGCCUUCGGGACCAGCACAUGGCCAUCGCCUGGGUGAAGAGAAAUAUUGCGGCCUUCGGGGGGGACCCCAACAACAUCACCAUCUUUGGGGAAUCAGCCGGAGGUGCCAGCGUCUCUCUGCAGACCCUCUCUCCCUACAACAAGGGCCUCAUCCGGCGAGCCAUCAGCCAGAGCGGCGUGGCACUGAGCUCCUGGUCCAUCCAGAAGAACCCUCUGUCCUGGGCCAAACAGAUCGCCAAAAAGGUGGGCUGCCCCCUGGACGAUACUGCCAGGAUGGCCAAGUGUCUGAAGAUUACCGACACCCGUGCCCUGACCCUGGCCUAUAAGAUGCCACUGGCAGGCCUGGAGCACCCCAUGGUGAACUAUCUGGGCUUCGUCCCUGUCGUUGACGGAGACUUCAUCCCCGACGACCCCAUGAACCUGUUUGCCAACGCGGCCGACAUCGACUACAUCGCUGGCACCAACAGCAUGGAUGGUCACAUCUUUGCCAGUGUUGAUAUGCCGGCCAUCGACAAGGACAAGCAGGAUGUCACGGAGGAGGACUUCUUCAAGCUGAUCAGAGGGCUCACCAUCAUCAAGGGGCUCAGGGGUGCCAACACCACCUUUGACAUGUACACUGCGUCCUGGGCCCAAGACUCAUCCCAGGAGACCAAGAAGAAGACGGUAGUGGAGUUUGAGACUGAUGUCCUCUUCCUCAUGCCCACGGAGAUGGCCCUGGCUCAGCACAAAGCCAAAGCCAAGAGUGCCAAGACCUACGCCUACCUGUUCUCCCACCCCUCUCGGAUGCCCAUCUACCCCAGCUGGGUAGGGGCCGACCACGCCGACGACCUCCAGUACAUCUUUGGGAAGCCCUUCGCCACGCCCCUGGGCUACCGGGCCCAAGACAGAACUGUCUCCCAGGCCAUGAUCGCCUACUGGACCAACUUUGCCAGAACUGGGGACCCCAACACGGGCCACUCAGCUGUGCCCACGCAAUGGGAUCCCUACACCGAGGAAAAUGGCAACUACCUGGAGAUUAACAAGAUGAUGGAUGGCACGUCCAUGAAACAGCACCUCAGGAGCAACUACUUGCGCUACUGGACCCAGACCUACCAGACACUGCCCACAGUGGUGGGAGAUGAGGCUGCCCCCAUGCCCCCCACAGACGACUCUGAGCCCACCCCUGUGCCCCCAACGGCCGACUCUGAGCCCACCCCUGUGCCUCCCACAGACGACUCUGAGGCUGCCCCUGAGCCCCCCGCUGGUGACUCUGAGGGGGCUCAGAUGCCUGCAGCCAUCGGCUUCUAAUGUCCUUGGCCCCAAGAGUCCACAGGGUGG